AUGAAGCCUUCCAGCAGUACCCUCUCUAAGCGUCGGCGCUUCCAGCCCUCCAUCACCUCAUACUUCUCGUCCGGGUCACCUGCCCCCAACGCCUCUGUAUCGCACAAUCAUUACUCGGCCGCAACUUUCUCAGCCACCCCAGUUGUGCCAGCUACAGUUCAAUCCUCUCUUCUUUCGGUCGGAAUGCGGGUCCGCAAGUCAGUAGCCGAUGGAUACAAGACUCAGAUUGCACUGGAGAAAGAAAAAGCCGUGUCAGUAAAGAACGCCUCGGGCACUGAAAAUCUUUCCGGCACUGGACACUCCGAGCUUGCUCCCUUCUCCGGCAUGGACAAAUGCGCUCAUAAUCUGGUCACUGAUGAUGGGGAUGCCUUUUCUCUCCCGGCCAGCAGCCAGGAAUCGGUUGAAUCGUCCGUUUCUGUCCCGAUCGCGCUGAACGGACAAAAGAGAAAUUUGGAACGUGAAAGCGAUAUUUUCUCGGACGACGACUCUGAUGUGGAAUACAAUAACUCGUGGCGUGAAGCUCCCCUUGGACGUACAAUUCUUUCUCCAAACUUGGGACAGCAACGUCGUCGCAUUGCACUACAACAAAAGUCUCAACAGAAUGGGUUCUCCUACAUGGAACUGGAUGAUUUCGAAGAGGCCACUUUUCUUCGUCGACGCGAGGAAGUCGACGCUGACAGCCGCAUGGACUGCGCUUGA